CAUUGUCAAGCGACACAAGGCAGGAAGGCCAACGUCGGUCUCCGAGUAAAGGGUCAGAAAGAUUAGGUGAAAUUUAGCUAUGGCGUUACGGGUGAUACGCCUGCUUAUACCUUCAGGUGCAGCUCUCAAGGCAGGUGGACCUAUACAGAAGGCAGGAAUCCACACAAGUACUGUAAACAACCUGCAGUAUGGUUGGUUUGCAUACGCAUUGGGUGAGAGGACAAGCCCCAGACUAAAGGAGAACAGCAAGAUCAUCACUAUCGAUGGCAACUUGGCUUCAGGAAAAGGGGCCCUAGCUCAAACGCUUGCAGAGAAGUUGGAUAUGCUGUACAUGCCUGAGGCCGACAUUCACUAUGUGGACCGAAUUACCGAUGAGAAGGAACCGCUGGAUGCCAAAUUCAAUGGGAACUGCAGCUUGGAGAAAUUCUACAUGGACCCCAAGGCAAAGGACGGCAACUCGUACCGCCUCCAGGUCUGGAUGUAUCAGAUGCGGCUGCUGCAGUACGCAGAUGCCGUUGAGCACCUGCUCACCACAGGCCAGGGGGUCGUUUUGGAGCGUUCUCCCUUCAGUGACGUGGUGUUUUUGGAGGCCAUGAUGAAACAGGGGUACAUAAGGAAACAGUGUGUGGAACACUACAAUGAGAUCAAGAACAUCAGCAUCUGUGAGUUCCUGCCUCCUCACCUGGUUAUCUAUGUGGACCUCGCCGCAGAGGAGGUGCAGAAGAAACUGAAAGCUUCAGGCAAGUCAUAUCUUCAGAACGUGUCCUUACCAUACCUGAAGAGCAUUGAGCAGGCAUACAAAACAACCUUCUUGCCCAGCAUCAGUGAACAAUCAGAGGUUCUUGCCUAUGACACAACACAGGUCAAGGAUGUUGAUAAGGUUGUUGAAGAUAUUGAGUAUCUGAAGUUCGAGAAAGGGCCCUGGAAGGAUCAGGACGACGUCUCUUACCAUCACAUGAGAAUUUUGGCGGAGGACAAACAGUUUGUGGCUAACAUGACCUGCAUUCCCCGCUACCUGCCCGAGAUCACCGUCAGCGCCCACGAAGUGGAUGACACAUACUACGCCUUUAAAUCCCGUCCCGGAAAGAAAUACGCAGAAGGCUACAACGCAGACGCGGGAGACCAGAACAUCCUGUUCAAGUGAACGGUUGUGGCAGUAAAAUCAAACCCACCCCACCUUCACCAUUUCAACACCUGUCUAUCAGAUCCACUGAGCUAAGAAAUGUGUGGAGGUAUAAGGUCCUUGUGAAGCAUAAAUAUGUACAUUAUUAUUGUUGGAAAAAAUAUAUAUUAAAAAGUCAUCAUCUUUGGGUCUUA